GCUUUAAUACAAUGAUUAAUCAUUUAUAAUCAUAACUUAGCUCAUGUGAAUGAAAUCAUCUUGUUUUAUCAGUGACCAGUUAUGAUACCGUCUCAUUUCACAUGUAUAUUCACAUUAUCUACUGAUAUAGGAAUUACAUUAGUGACUUAAACAUGGAUGACAAAGGAGAAGCCCCGCCACCCUACAGCCCGCCGACUUCCGGUAACUACGGCCUGCAGAACCCGGCCGCCAACGCGAGCUAUCCAGGUCAAACUAACUAUGGCUAUGACCAGCCCCAGGGACACUACAACGGCUCUCCCCAAGGGCAGUAUGCUGGCUACGCCCACGGAUCGCAGGGACAGUUUGUAAACAGCAGUUCAAUGUCAAAUAGCAAUGUUGUGGUGGCACAGGUAGGAGGGGGCCCGAUUUACCAGACCUCGCCCCAGGACUAUACGACCCAGGCUUGGAUCGCCUGUCUUUGCUGCUUCUGGCCAACUGGACUCCUAGCUAUCAUGAAGGCGUCUGAGUCACGAGAUGCUCUGGCCCGGGGCGAUUUGAUUGGAGCACAGUCGGCAUCGAAUAGCGCCCGGCAGUUUGUCCGCAUUAGCUACGUCGUCGGCAUCGUCAGCGUUGUGUUUAUUGUCGUCUUCGUCGGCAUUUACGUUGGCGUUAUCAUGUCUUCAUUCGACGAUUACGACGACACAGACUAGACGUUCACUCAAUCGGAACACCUUGGCCAUUUUCCAUCGAAAAUAAAGAAACAAAAUGGCCGAUUGAACUUUUUCUCAAUAGGAACACCACGGACAUUCUCAGACAACGAAAACAAAUGGCCGAUUGAACUUCACUCUCACGACGGGAAAUUGUGCCAUAAUUAUGCUAUAUUUUAAUUACGUAGUGAUUUAACGAACACACUAUAACGUUAAUGACCUUUAUCAUUAUUAUGUAUCAUUCAUUAUUCGAAUGGAUUUUAAUGGACCGUUUCGCUUGCAUCGUAAAAUUGUAAUUUCAUUUUGCUGAUUUAUUUUGUGUUUUAAAAAUUGUGUAUAAAUUAGUUAUGCUAAUGAAGAAUCUGUCUUAUACAUUCGUGAUCUUA